AUGUCAACCUCAUGGUCUGGUGAACCGCAUCAACUAAUUGCCAGGGUUGCACAGACUAUGUUGACUAAGAAACAAAGAAAAUGGAUCGAUGAAAUGCUGUUUUUGUGGCCAAGUGAAGCACAAGACUUAAUCACAGUCUCAAACUGGGAAGAUACCAUAAGAAGUGACAUUGAUGAUAUUCUUAUGCAAUGGCACUUUGAAAAUAAACCAUAUAUUGAACCAGAAUAUACCCCUAAAAAAGUAACUCGAACAUUUAAUAUUACCAAUGCCAUUGAUGAUGCUAUGAAAUCAAUACUUGACCCCACAACGACAUCAUUUUGGACUUUUGGUUUUUAUUUUCGCGCUCUUAUACAUUUUGUUGGAGAUUCGCACUGUCCGGUACAUUCAAUCGCAUACUAUUCCGAUAAAUAUCCUAAAGGUGACGCUGGAGGAAAUUUCAUCAAAUUAAAUUGCUCGAUUUCAUACUUUUGCUCAACAUUGCACAAAUUAUGGGAUUCUGCCUGUCUUAACUUUCAGCAUAAUAAAUACGUUGCACCAACUCUUGAAGAUUUCGAAAAAAACAUUACUCGAAUGAUGAAUGCUUAUCCUCUUAAAAUACUCGAAGAACACCCAUCUCUAUCACCUCAUGAUUGGAUUGACGAAUCAUAUAAGACGGCAAUUGAUUACGCUUACACUCCUUUAGUAGAUUGGAAAAAUAUUAACGAUACUUACUUAGCUAAUGGUGCUGAAGCAGCAGAGUAUCGAAUUACGCUUGCUGGAUACAGGCUUGGAAUGGUUUUCAAGCAAUUUUUCAAAGAGAGAGGUUAUCCUAAAUUACCAACAGAAGCAAGCUAUUCUACAGAGAUCCUUGCAUGGAUUCUUGAUGCUGUUGUUAUUACUAUUACAAUUAUUUACUCAAUUCUUAUACUGAAAGAAAAAGGCUUCGGAAAACCUGCAGUAUUUGAUUAG